GACCUACGCCUAUCGUCAUCGCUUCCCGCGCAAGUUUUAGCAACGCUGUGAACCUGUCCGUGUUGUCCCAUGCUUCCAUCACCGGACUUAGACUUCAAGCAGCAACGGCCCGAUAUGUGGUUGGUACCCUGAACCACGAUUUGAGCCACAGUGACACUGUCAACCACACCAUGGCAGACGUCAGCAAUGAACGACCAGGGCGCAUGCCGCCGAGGUCCCGCUCGAACUUUGCAGCAAAAACAGCAACUGAUACUUCUCAACGGCUGCAUCGACGCUCGUUUGCCGAAAGCUCGCCUCCGCCCAAUGAGAGCACUCCACUGCUACACGCGGCUCAAGCGCCAGAUGCUCAAGAGGAGGACCAUGGCGUCGAAUGGUUGAGGAGUUGGUUCUGCAACACUUUCCACCUGUCGCGGACCAAGUCACAUUCUAGUAGCCAACAUGGCCAUCGCAGAGUUCCCAGCGAGGUCUCAAAACCAAGACCAGGGGCUUUUCCGAGACCCGUGGGAGGCACCGAUAAGCUCGGCACGUUCGCUGGUGUUUUUGUGCCUGUAACGCUCAAUGUGUUGAGUAUCCUGAUGUUCCUCCGAUUUGGAUUUAUUUUAGGCCAAACAGGUGUAGUAGGCAUGAUGGGUAUGCUCGUGGCUGGCUACGCCAUUAAUCUUCUCACUACCAUGUCCAUCUCUGCAAUCGCUACAAAUGGCACUGUAAGAGGUGGAGGAGCAUACUAUCUUAUCUCUCGAAGCCUUGGUCCCGAGUUCGGCGGUUCCAUUGGCAUCGUAUUCUAUCUAGGGCUUGUAUUCAGCACGAGUCUGAAUGCCGUUGGCUUGAUCGAUUGCUCUAUCGAGAACUUUGGCAGCCUUACGGGGUCCAUGUCUCAAUGGAUGCCUCAGAGCUACUGGUGGAAGUUUCUCUGGGCGACGUUGGUGCUCCUGGCGUGCACGCUGAUCUGCCUAGCUGGCAGUGGACUGUUUGCACGCUGCAGCAAUGGUCUGCUAGUCAUAUUGUUGAUUGCUAUCGUGAGCAUACCCGUAUCAGCAAUGGUGAAAGACCCUUACGUGGACGAUAAACAUGGUAUUGUUUUCACUGGGUUUAGUCUCGACACUCUGAGCGACAACAUGAUGCCUCGUUUCACUAAAGGUGCCGCUGGCAGUGUGACCAAGCACCGAGAAAGUUUCCAGGAUUUGUUUGGCAUUCUCUUUCCCGCAACAGGGGGGAUCUUAGCUGGAGCCAGCAUGUCUGGAGAUCUCAAGCACCCCUCCAAGGCAAUUCCAAAAGGAACGUUAUACGGACUCGGCUUAACCUUCAUCCUCUACACUACGGUGAUCCUAGCCAUGGCUUCUUCAAUUGGACGAGAGUCACUAUACAACAAUACCAACGUUAUCCAGCUCACUAACCUAUCUGGAGUCGUAAUUCUUCUGGGGGAAUACGCGACAUCACUGUUCUCGGUCCUAAUGGGCGUCAUUGGCUCCGCAAAACUACUCCAGGCACUUGCCCGCGACCAUCUGAUACCUGGGCUAUCUAUCUUUGGCCAAGGCACCAAAACAAAAGACGAACCUAUCUAUGCGAUCGUGUUCACAUACGUUCUUGCGCAGCUCACGAUGUUCGCAGACAUCAAUCAGAUCGCCUCAUUUAUAACUAUGACGUAUCUAAUGACCUUUCUCGUUACGAAUUUGGCCUGUUUCCUGCUCAAAAUCGGGUCCGCUCCCAACUUUAGGCCCUCUUUCCACUUCUUCAAUUGGCAGACUGCUGCAAUGGGCACAGUAGUUUGCGGGACGACGAUGUUCUUUGUAGAUGGAUUCUACGCGUCUGGUUGUGUUGCUCUGCUUCUUACUGUGUUCAUUCUGAUUCACUACACAACGCCUCCCAAACCAUGGGGUGAUGUUAGCCAGGGGCUUAUCUACCAUCAGGUCCGGAAGUAUCUCCUUCGCCUUCGCCAAGAGCAUGUCAAAUUUUGGAGACCACAGAUUCUUCUUUUGGUCAAUGACCCUCGACGUCAGUACAAGCUAAUUCAGUUCUGCAACUCGCUUAAGAAGGGUGGACUGUUCGUACUCGGACAUGUCAUUGUGUCCCAGGACUUUGGCGAAGCUGUGCCCGAGGCGAGACGACAACAAGCACUGUGGCUCAAGUAUAUUGAUUUUUCAAAAAUCAAGGCCUUUGUCAACGUCGCAAUCUCUCCCGCGGUAGAAUGGGGAGCUCGCAAUCUAGUUCUCGGCGCAGGACUGGGUGGUAUGAGACCAAACAUCGUUGUCAUGGGCUCCUACAACCUUACUGAGCUUAGAAAUUCGCAGCCUAGUUUAGGUAUCCCGUCGCCCCAGCCAUCACGACCUACGAGUAAAUCUACGAAUCAAUCAAUUUCUCGCCAGGCGAUCCAGGCAGCGGCCCGUCGCAAGCAGACAGACAAGGUCACCGGAAUGCUCCCCACCGAUACGAUUAGACCAGAAGGCUCAGUAGGGAUACAAAGCUACGUCACCACCAUCGAAGACCUAGUACUUAGACUGCAGAUGAACGUGGCUAUCGCGAAAGGUUUCAAAGAUCUAGAGUUGCCAGCCUCACGGCCACCAAUGAUGAAGCGCGCGUUAGGCCAAUGGGGACUUGCCGAUGCUGAGGUUGACGAGCCAACCAAGAAAUACAUAGAUCUAUGGCCAAUCCAGAUGUCGGCAGAAGUCGCGACUGCGGGCGACGAUCACAAUCGUAAGAAUGUUUUGACCACUAACUUCGACACAUAUACCCUGAUCCUACAACUCGGAUGUAUCCUGAACACUGUCCCAUCCUGGAAGCGUUCGUACAAGCUGCGGAUAUGUGUUUUUGUCGAAUACGAGACGGACGUCGAAGAGGAACGAGGACGAGUCACUACGCUGUUACGCAACCUGCGGAUUGAAGCGGAGAUUGUCGUCCUCUGGCUUGCAAGUGGUGAGCUAAGCAUGUAUGAGGUCAUCGUAAACGGCCAAGACGAAGGCAACUUCGAACAAGUAGCCAAAGAUGUGGACUUCUCCCUAGAAGACGAGCGUUGGUGGCAAGAUAUCAAGAGGUUGCGUCAACCCAAUUUCAUGAGCGCAAGCCAGGAACUCGCACAAGCCAAAGAUCUUCUGGAAGCAGUAUAUGCAUGGCCGACGGCCUCCUUCCAGCACGGUCGACGUGAUACGAAACCAAAACGUUUUGCUGCACUGCAAAAGCUGCUCCGUCGAGCUAAGAACAGGGCAUCGGUCAGCGAAAUCAGAGAUACGGGCGCCAGUGUGGGUAUGCGCAGUCAGAGACUGUCCGCCGACCUUCUGCUUGAUGGCGACAGUGAUUCCGGAGUUGCUAGCGAUGGAGACGAUGCGGAUGACGAAGCAGCAGUCACGGAGAGCGAAGCAGGCGUAAGCGGUAGCAACUUCGACGAGUAUGACCUUGACGCCUCCGAAGACGACAGCGACUUUUCAGACCCUCAUCGGCCACGUGCCAUUGCCAGAUCCAGGACCACACCUUCUGGAACGGGCGUGUCUUUCCUCAGCAAGAAGCUUGAUCUCAGAAAAGCAAUUUGGAAGGGCUCACCUAAAGAGUCCUCCCCCAGAAGCAGCCGUCCGGCGAGCGAAUCCAGUCCACGACUCAAACCGCAUUUGCAAUCUACUGCCUCCGACGCCGCAAUAUCCACUACUAAGCAUCGUAGUGGAAAAGCCAGAAGCGCUGCAAGCAGUGUCUCUCAGCUCUCCACAUCACAACUCUCCUCCUCAUCCCGCGCACCCCCAACAAUCCGCGACCCCGAAUCCCUCCCCAAAUUCUCCUCCAAAACUGUCCCCCGAACAGCAGUCGCCCAAGACGAAGCCCCAGGCCCAUCCAUAAUGUUCGUCGACACUCCCACCGCAACCCGGCACCCAGACCCCCUUGCCACAGCCACCCUCCCAUCUCCCAGCCCCACUCUCUCAGGGACUCAUUUUACAUCGUCGGCGCAGCACUCCCCCGCGCCUUCGCCCUCGCCUGCAACCCGCCACAGCACCCCCGCCACCGCGUCCCCCGCUUCCGGAUUCCCCGCCCAGCAAGCCAUUCCGCUGUCGUUCAACGACCUGCCGUGCCGUGCACAGCACCUCAUUCUGAAUGAGUUGAUCCGGUCGCAGAGCGAGGCGACGGCGGUUGUGUUUACGACGCUGCCGAGCCCGAUGGAUGGGACGUGCAAGAGCGAGAGUGAAAGUGUCAAGUAUGUGAGUGAUUUGGAGGUGUUGAUGGAGGGGCUGGGGCCGGUGUUGUUGGUUAGUGGAGGAAGUAUGACGGUGACUAUGAAUUUGUAGAUGGUAGGCUGCGGGCCGCGGAUGUUGCUCGAAGGCGGGAGGUUGUUCUUUAGCUGAAUUUGAUUUAUUUUUGGUUGGUGGAACAAUUGUAGACUCGUUUGUCUUUGUUCCAUUGUAGAGCUUGCGCGGAUAUCUUGAACAAAUCCGCUAGAUUCAUGUAUGAUGAUUAUCGAAAUGCGUAGACCACAGUGGCUAUGGUACGAUCAUGC